AUGGAUCUCGUUAGAAUGGACGAUUUCGUUCGGUCGUCACUCCUUGACCCAAUAUACGGGUUUGAGACUAAUAAGUGUUUACCAAACUAUUGUUCGAUACCGGAAAGCUUAAAAGCUGAAGUGGCAAAACUGAUUAAAGCUCACGUCUUUAUUGAAAACAAUGAUGAUAUCCGACAAAAUAUUUUAGAAAUUUUGACUCCAUAUUUUUCUGAAGAGAGGUUAAAAACUGUGGUCAACAAUUACAUGCUGCUUUUUGAUGUAAGAUCUGGUUUCACGGCAGUUCCAUGUCAUGACUUUGACAUGGAAUUCAAUUUAGGCUUGAAAUUGAUCGCCACCAGAAUGUGGAUGCCCGGCCAGCUAAUGGCUACGUAUAAUUUGUGUAGUUACUUUGAAAGACUGGAGCCGUAUUUCAACCCGUAUUCUGUCUCUAAUGCGCACAAGAAAAAAUCGAACAAAGUUUGGUUGGGGCCAUGUGCCAUUGUCAAUCACAGUUGCAACCCAAAUGCCACGUAUCAUACUGUAGAAAACCAAACAAUAAUUCAGGUUCUCUCUCCAAUCUCUAUUGGUGAGGAGAUAACAGUGAAUUAUGGACCAACAUUCUUCCCAUCUGGUGCAUGUAAAUGUGCAACAUGCAAACUCGGAGAAGAAAAAGAGCAAACUGAGACUGAACGGCGUAAACCAAGAAUACCCGAUAGCAGCUUCAAACCGAAACACACAAGAGAAACAUUCGAUAUCUACUCAAAAAUUUUUGCGAAAAUCGAGUAUCCAGCUCACUUACAAGUGCUUGCAGAUCAUGCGGAACGUUAUUUCAUUGGUAAUGUCACGGUGGUCACUGAGAAGGAUGUGUACAAAAUGAUGGCAGAUAUGCAAACCGAUGUAACUAACAUGGGGAACAGAAUUGAUGUUUUUGGUUGCAUGGCUGGAUUGGAGGACCCAAACAGGAAUUUGCUUUCCUCUGCUUUGCAAGGUAUCAGCUAUUUCACGGAAAUUGGCAAACUAGCAUUGACAAAAGUUGGUAGCGAUCCGGGGGAAAUCAAGGAGGUCUUAUCUGGCUUGCAUACCUUCCUUGGGCAAAUAACAGUGGAUUUUGAACUGAGGAGUGCAGAGAGAGCAGCUGACUCCCGCCUUGUCAAUAUUUUCAAAGAAGGGAAAAAGGCGCACAGAGAACGGCAACUUGAAGAUUAUGAAUUAGUUGUUCCUGAUAUUCCUCUGAUCCUUCAAGUUGAGAAACCGAACACUCCAGAAGAAGCAAUAGGAUUGCAAGCAGACCAUGAAUUGGGUAGUCCAUCCGCAGUGUCUAUACCAACAACUGAACCAACAACUCCGAUCACGUCGCGUUCCACGAGUAAAAAGAAAAGACAGCUGAACACCGGAACUGUAUCAGCUGGGAAAAAGGUGAGAAAAGAAGAAUCUCCGUCUUCAGAAUCUGAUGGAGAGAUUGCUGAGUUAACGAUCAAAGUGAAGUAUAGAAAUGGCAGUUCAAAAGUGAUCAGCGUGAAUGCAGCUUAUGACAGUGAGCAACCUGGUGAACAAAAAAAAGCUGAAAUAUCGAAGGUUAGGGAUUUCCUACUUGAAAGAAUUACAAAAACUUGA